CUAAAAUUUAUUUACAACAUUUUAAACUGCAAAUUUUGCAAAUCUGGAUGAAACUAGCGAAGUUAUGAUUGCCGCCUCUGAACCUUUGGAGUUCAUUCCUCGGGGUCGUCAGGCGGUUGAGGAGCAUCCAGGUCCCACUGAUGUAAAACAGCACAACCACUUGCCUACCGAGCAUGUGCUGCUACAACGCAUGCAAAAUGUAAACAUUUCCGCUUCAGAUGAGCAUAACGAAUUCUGGUGUGUACGAGAAAUUUUCGAGGACUUAAACGAUAAAACCGGAGUGCGUACCAAUCAGUGUAAUCAACAAAAAGAUGGGCAAAAAAAUAGAACUGACCAUGAAAAGUCGAAUGAUAAUAGUAGCAGUGGAAGCGCCGAAUAUUUAUUGCAGCAACAGCGCGCAGCCUAUGCGGACGUUGAUUACAUGUGCGAGUACUUGGUCAAUUCCGAAGAGGAACUAUACGUAAAAAAGCAUACAGCAGUGUGGACAAAAGGCCUGCUUGACGAUAAUAGUAUAAUGCCACGCUUGUGCUUCACUUGCGAGUCACCAAUCAAAUUUGCGUUUUUCUGCAACAAGUCCUUUGUAACUAGCAGCCGAAAUAGGCGAACCAACAACAAUAAUAGCAGUAACAUAAAGUUGGAUACAGAAGAGGAUGAAGACUAUAGUGCUAUUUGCUUGAUUGAUCAAACUGCACUCCGCAUCUACUGCAGCAAUGGCGAGGACUUCCUUUGCAAUCUCGAGUUUCCUGUAUCGCAUGUGUGGCCCACAUCGUAUGGUAUUCUAUUGGAGAAAGUAGCCUCAAGCGCUGUUAUCCAAAAUCAUGCCAUUUCAAUGCCACGCCUAUUCUCGCUCGCGCAUCCGUUAGAUGAAAUUUGUCCAGUUCUCUGCAAAUCAGCUACAAAUGUUGUUGGUUACCUUGUAGAGUCCGAUUAUAGCAUAAUAUUCACUUCGGAGAAUUCAGAGCUGGUACUACUGUAUGACAACAAAAUUGGAAAACAAUUUAUUUCACGACUUCGGAAGGCAACUGAGGAGGAAAUACAGUAUGUGAGUGCGCAAAAUGAAACUGCGCUCACUGGCAUUGUCGGCGGACUGCCACAUAAUUCUAUAAAUCGGGGUACUGCUGGUGGUAUUGGCGGUCCAGUAUGGUUUUCAGCUACAUCAAAACACAGUACAGCACAUUUAGGCCGUUCCAGCUUAGGAAAUCCUAACUAUUCGGCGCAUAUUGGCAAGUUUUUGUCUAGUGCUCACUCAUUGAGCGGAGCAUUCGGAUGUUUAAAUCGGACUGCUCCGCCUUUGAAUCAUCUACAAUCAUCAAUCGGUCAACACUCAAUAUCUAUGCAAGACAUACGAAGAGUGGGUCAGGCUCAACCUUCAAAACCUAUAGUGCCGGAAUUAUGUUUGGAGCAUAUGUGGACUGAAAACACAUAUGGCAAUACCAACCGCGAAUUCGGUGAAAUCUCUAGUCGUGCUUUCAUACACACUGACCUAGUGGCCCAAACUUACCUCUGCUACUUGCUACCAUUUUCGUGCAAACUGCAACUCGUCCGGCUAAGCAAUUAUGGCACAAAGGAUUUGCAAAUAUCCAAUAAAUGUUUAUCAAUUCCAGCCAAGGAUGCGGUUUCUUUAGAGCGCCUACGCAUGAUUGCCGUUUUGGAUCCCUCUGGCAGUUUGAUAUUAUAUACGGGUGCAGUGCUUGUCGCUAAAGUACAUGUAGCUGCAGCUAUGGGCAGCACCAGCGUAUGUUCUGGCGCAGGUAAUGUGACGCCCACACCAACCGCAACGGCUAGUACGCUAGCAGGAAAAUCACCCAACUCGCCAUUUCCACGACGUAGCAGCCUAUUACCCACAAUACAGAAACCCUCGGAUACAACCUUUGGCGAUGAAUUGCAUCUUUUAUCGCCUGUACAUCCUCUGCAACCACAAUUUCCAAAUCGCAACACUAGCAAUAUUUGCUUAAGCCUACGUGACCCUGCUGGUAAUCGCCUCACAUUGGUCUAUCCUUUCGGGAAAAUGUAUCGCAUUGAGUUGCCACAAUUCAAUGAAACAAAAUUCAUUUCACGCUGCAUUGGUACAUUGCGACGUAUAUUAAACAGAGAACAAUUUAUGCUUCUAAUGACUCGCUGGUAUGGUGCGCGUAAUCCGCCUGGUUCUCGUGAUUACAGCAUUGAACAGGAGUGGCAUAUUUUUCGUAAUCUACUAACUGAUUUAAUGGGCUGUGGUGCGGCUACACAUGAGGCCACCACCAACGCAUCGGCCUCUUUCAAUGCAGAAGAACCGAAAAAGCGGCGAAAAAAUGAUGAAAUCACUGAAGGUACCAAUGAGGAUUGGGAAUUCAUGCUGGCUGUGCUCAAUGAAGAUGGCGCUGGUAGUAGCGGCGGUGUGAGCGCCAACAUGAAGAUGGAAACGGAGCAAGGAGCGACUGCGGCUGUGGCGAGCAAUGUCGAUACAAGCGCUUGUUUAUUCAACACUAUACCAGCCAUAUUCUAUGGUUUCCACUUGCUUUAUGAAGAUUUUAAGUUGGAUGAAACGAUGCAUGAUUGCCUGCCGUAUUUGGCAAAGUUUUUACAUCAAUUUGCACUCGAUAUGCAACUGACAAUGUAUGUAUUUCAUUAUACGUUGGAUUUUCCACACUUAGUGCACUCAAUGGCGAAAUUGUGUCAGCUUACCGAAGAACAUGCGGCUCUAAUGACUCAUAAGGAGCUACUACAGGUGCCUGCGCCAAGCGUUUACACGCAGGUGGAACAUAUUUUAAAAGACAAAGAUACCCUACAGUAUACAUUUGUAGACGGGCUCAACGAUAUGAGCCGAAAUGUGCUACAGGUGGUUUCUCUGAUAAUGCACGGCAAGAAGAAAAUUAAAGAAUGGAUCAAACCUUUAGAAUUUGUUGACUCAGUCCAAACGUAUUAUCCUAAGCGCCCUAAGCGUUUUAUAUCAACGAAUGUGCCGCGUUCCGAGCAAGUCAUACAAAUGCUCAUCAAUAUGGGAAUCACACGCGCCGACAUUUCACGCCUCCCUGUCGCGCUGCAUCUCAUCAUAGCGGAAUGUCUGGAGCAUGCGCGCCUUUCGCCUCCUAUCGGCUGUUCAGCCGCCACUUAUGAGCUAAUUUUGCGUACUGAGUUGGUUGCGCAUGCGCUGUUGCAAGACAAUUUGCCAUCUCAUGCGGUCGGUAGACUGCAACCAAAAUCACAUGUGGAUGCUGAGGAUUCUUUGUCCGCUCGCUGUCCACCCGCCACCAAUGGCAUCUCACACAUGGAGGCAGCACUCGACGAUGGCAUGGACAAUAUUGAUACAAAGCUAUUAAAUCUACGCUUUCCCGAUGAUAUGCGCAUUGCCGAAGUACGUCGACUACUCACCUCUUCAGAGCCUGUGCUGAUUGACAUUGUGCAGAAGCCAGGCAUGACUGAUCAUCGUUUCAUAGAGGAGCAAGAACGUCAGUUGUUUGCACUGUGCAAACGCACCAUGGCGCUGCCAUUGGGACGUGGUAUGUUUACGCUGCGCACUUCCAUACCAACACCCACCGAGUUGAUGCCAAUACCCAAGUUGUGUCUCUCAGGCAAGGAGCCGGUAAAGGGUGCCACAAUUGAAAUGCAACAAAUCGAACUACCGCCGAAUAUGAGUCUUUGGCCCUCAUUCCACAAUGGCGUCGCUGCGGGUUUGAAAAUUUCACCGCAAGCACGCGAUGUAGACUCGACAUGGAUCGUUUAUAAUAAACCUAAGGGACAAGAAGACGUUUCGACGGAGCAUGCGGGCUUCCUCAUGGCCCUCGGAUUGAAUGGUCACCUUAAAACACUUUCGUUUAUGAGCAUCUAUGAAUAUUUGGUAAAAUGUGAUGAGAUGACUAGCGUCGGUUUGCUCUUGGGCAUUUCUGCAACGCAUCGUGGUGGUAUGGAUAAUACAACAACAAAAUUAUUGAGUUUACACAUUGAAGCGUUGUUGCCAACGACCGCUUUGGAAUUGGAUAUACCACAAAAUAUACAGGUAGCUUCACUCAUGGGCAUCGGACUGUUGUAUCAGGGAUCUGCGAAACGUCAUAUUGCCGAGGUGCUGUUGCAGGAAGUAGGUCGGCCACCUGGUCCGGAAAUGGAGAAUAGCAUCGAACGCGAAUCGUAUGCUUUGACCGCCGGUCUUGCAUUGGGCUUAGUCACGUUGGGCCUGGGUGAUUCGCCAGCCGGCCUGCUUGAUCUUCAAAUUCCCGAUACACUCCACUAUUACAUGGUUGGCGGCAAUAAACGACAACUCACCGGCUCGCAAAAGGAAAAAUACAAAUUGCCUUCAUUUCAAGUGCGCGAAGGUGACAAUGUCAAUAUCGAUGUUACUGCACCCGGUGCGACACUAGCACUCGGCCUCAUGUUCUUCAAUACGAAUAAUCGCGCCGUCGCCGAGUGGAUGGAUCCACCAAACACGCAUUAUCUGCUUGACUUGGUGCGUCCCGACUUGCUUAUGUUGCGCUCGAUUGCGCGCGGUUUAAUACUCUGGGCCGAUAUAAAGCCCGACGCUGAGUGGUUAUUUGGCCAGUUUCCGUCGAAUUUCAAAAUAGAUCUCGAACGUCCCUACUAUUGGGGUGAUAAGUACGAGACGAGCGUUGACUAUGAAUCCGAAGCUCAAGCUUGGUGCAAUGUCAUUGCGGGCGCUUCAUUCUGCAUGGGUCUCAAAUACGCGGGUAGCGAGAAUCCGGAAGCUUUCAAAACCUUGCAUAAAGCACUUAAAACAUUUAUUGGUUUUCAAAGUAAACAUGUAUUCGAAUUCGCUGGCUACACAACGGUGGAGUGUUGCCUAAUGGUUAUUCUGAUUGCAAUCUCAUUGGUUUUCGCCGGUUCGGGGGAUCUGGAAAUCUUGCGCAUCAUACGUUAUUUGCGUUCACGCAUCAGUUUUCGUGAUCGUUGUCGCGUCAAUUACAAUCCUAAUGUCACAUUCGGUUCACAAAUGGCUAUACACAUGUCGCUGGGGUUGCUCUUCUUGGGUGCCGGACGCUAUACGAUUGCUAAUACUCCGGAAGCGGUGGCGGCGUUGAUUUGUGCAUUCUUUCCCAAAUUUCCGAAUCACAGCAACGACAAUAGAUAUCAUCUGCAAGCCUUCCGCCAUUUGUAUGUGCUGGCCGUGGAACCGCGUCUCUUUCUGCCACGGGAUAUCGAUACGAAAAAGUUAUGUCUCUGUCAAAUAUCAGUGCUGGAAGUGGGUAGUAAGGAACUGCGUCGCCUCCCCAUGGCACCCUGCAUGCUGCCACCUCUAGACAAUUUGCAGAAAGUAAUCGUAGACGACGCCAAUUAUUGGCCAGUUUGCUUUGAGAAGGAACGCAAUUGGUCGCAAUUGAUCAAAGCUUUAAAAAACUCCGCUUGUAUUGAUAUUAAAAAACGUUCCGGCUGCCUUUCUCACCUGGAAGAUCCCGAUCGUCUGAAGAGCCUCUUUGCGCAAACGCUCACCACCGAGCAGUAUACAUGCUGGCAUGUUAAUGCUACUGCACUGGAGCGCUUCUCCAAUGAUCCAUUCGUUACGAGUUUCACCGAUCGGUUUUUACAUAUCGAUGCCGAGGUUAUUACACAAGACGAAUUGCUUAAGAUACAGCAGCUAACAAUGCUCUUCUACAAUGCCGUCAUCAAGGAUAAGAUGCAUGUGUUACCCAUUUAUCUGACGACUUUCAAUCUCAUCCAACGCAUGCAAGUUAAGCCCCAAUGCAACGAUGUUUGGCAAAUUAAGUUGAUUGAUUUGUAUAUGCAAAAAUAUGAGCAACCACAUAUAUUGCUGACCAGCGAACUGAUGCAUGCGCAGCUGGAAAGAUUCAAAAUGUUCAUUGAGAAUACGCGGCGAGUGUUAGCGGCGCCAUUGCGUCGCUUCAUCAGCGCCAGCAGCUUUGAGCCAAGCGUUGUUACUGAUCUUACAGCGGAGGAGGUAGCGCGUUUACUCGCUGUAGUAAAUUGUUAUAAUUUAACGCCGAAUUUGCUGAAUUUGGUCGAUCUUAGCGGUACAGUUAAUUACAUAAGGUAUUUAUACGAGUUUAAGAAACUCAAUCUAGAUGUACAAACUAUAAAUUGUUUAAUUAAAGUGCUGCUACAAACAAGUGGCAAUGAAGCUGCUUAGAAAAAGCUAUUUCUCUGCCACAAAAGAAAUUUAAAACUAAUUUUGCUACAGAAAAAAUGGCGUGUUUAGAGAUUAAAGUGGGUCCGUUUUUGUAUUUAAAUAAAAGAUUUAUUGCACAAAAUUGUUGUGUAUAAUUUAAACAGAAAAUAUAAAUAUAGAAUAUUGCUUUUAAAUGUAAAAUGCAGGCGCAUUACACGCUAACAAAUGCUAAUUUAUUUCUAUCCGAGAAGCGAGGAUAAAGGCGACUCUUUUUGCGGCACAAUUUUUUAACAAACUUUAAA